AUGAGGAUCUACAGUGAGAACAUGUCCACCGGGAAGGUGGCUCUUAUUAUUGGGCUGGGAGUAGCUACGAUUCUUAUCUUACAAAGUGAAGACCCGCUGGACUCAGGAGGCAAUGGCUAUCAGAUAUGGAGGGAAACGGGGCUGCUCGCGCGGGCUGUGGUCUGCAUCAUCACCGGAGUUUCCCUCUUCGUCGUUGGCUGGCUGCACAGGCUGCUCUUCGGUCCCCUGGUGCUGCUUAGGGGCGCCGAUGAUGUGGGAUACAUCGCCGAGGACGGUCGCUCCAGAGCCCAGGCGGCAAACGAGGUCCGCCGCAGGAGGAAAACCGGAGAGCUGCCUCCGGUCUAUCCAAACGGCUGGUACCGCGUGCUGGACUCACACAUGCUGCCGAGAGGCGAGGUGAAAAGUGUCUCUGUUCUAGGUGAGCAGGUUGCAGUGUUUCGGGGCCAGGAUGGGGAGGCCUAUGUGGUGGAUGCCUACUGCCCUCACCUGGGUGCCAACCUGGCUGUGGGAGGACGGGUGGUGGGAAGCUGCAUAGAGUGUCCAUUUCAUGGAUGGCAGUUUCGGGGGAACGAUGGCAAGUGUGUGAGGAUCCCCUAUGCAGAAAAAGUGCCAGAGUUUGCCAAGGUGCGCUGCUGGCGCAGCUGUGAGCUCAACGGGCAGAUCAUGGUUUGGUUUCACUGUGAUGGAGAAGAUCCUCAGUGGAUUGUCCCGGAGCAGCAAGAAAUUGCAAAGGGCGAGUGGGUCUAUCGGGGGAGAACUGAACACUUUAUCAACGCUCACAUAGAGGAAAUUCCUGAAAAUGCAGCAGACAUCGCUCACCUCGCUCACCUGCACACGCCGGGCAUUGUCAGCGGAGUAGAUCUGCGUUACACCAACAGCAAAACCUGGGAAUUUUUGCGGCAUGACUGGAAGGUUCAAUGGAAACCAGAGUCCGAGCCCAACAAGCACUGUUCUCAGAUGUUGGUGAAACAUGCACUCACUGUGUUUGGAUGCCACUGGCCUCUGCUGGAUGUCCGUGUGGUGGCCAGACAGGUGGGUCCAGGAGUGGUGUUUCUGCUGUUUGACCACAGUUUCUUGGGCCGGGGCGUUAUCAUGCAAUGUGUGACUCCAGUAGAGCCUCUGUUGCAGUGUGUCGCUCACACCAUCUUCUAUCAGUCUAAUAUUCCCCCUCUGGUGCCCAAAUUCAUCCUCAAAGCAGAGUGCAUACAGUUUGAACGGGAUGUAAUGAUCUGGAACAAUAAGAAGUACAUCUCCAAGCCUCUCCUCGUAAAGGAAGACUCAGCCAUCCAGAAGCACAGGCGCUGGUUCAGUCAGUUCUACAGCGAGAACAGCCCACGGCUGCAACACCAGCGUGACACUUUGGACUUUUGACCUCCCUGAACUACCAGAGGAGAGAAGAUGUCAGAUCAGACCAGGGUUGACAUUUAUCCAGGGUUGA